UCAUUGUUGCUGACGUUUCUGCAUUAUCUAUUAUUAAUUCGUUGUAAAUAAAAAGAAUUUGCCGUGGUGUAGAAAGAACUGUAAUAAUUCCCAAAUGCACUGAUUCAAAUAUAAUUAACGAACAGUAAAAACAUUUGUAGAAUAGCAAAAAUCCACGGGAAUAAAUCACAACUAAAAUGGACACAAAAUUGGAUAUGUUUGAGGACAACAUUUCGGCAUCUUCCCAAUUGGAGGGUGAUAUGUCCAUACCAGGUGCACGUAAAAAUACCACACAACUUGGAGCACCCGAUUUCAAUACCCUAGAUGAGCCCAUCAAAGAGACAUUCCUGCGCGAUGUGCGCGCUGUUGGCGUAAAAUUCUAUCAUGUGCUCUAUCCAAAAGAGAAAUCCAGUUUGUUGCGCGAUUGGGAUCUCUGGGGUCCACUAGUGCUUUGCACAUUCAUGGCUACUAUACUGCAAGGUUCCGCAGACAGCAUGUAUGAUGGCGGUCCCGAAUUCGCGCAAGUAUUUGUUAUCGUGUGGAUAGGUGCAGCUAUAGUAACGCUCAAUUCUAAGCUGCUUGGCGGUAAUAUCUCUUUUUUCCAAUCUGUGUGUGUGCUUGGGUAUUGUCUGACGCCCGUGGCGAUAGCAUUGUUAGUGUGUCGAGUUAUUUUGAUUGCCACUCAGACCAGAUUGGCAUUCUUCUUGCGUCUUUUAACUACUUCAUUGGGCUUUGUUUGGGCCACAUAUGCAUCUUUUAUAUUUCUUGGUGACAGCCAACCACCAAAUCGUAAACCACUUGCCGUAUAUCCGAUAUUUCUAUUCUUUUUUAUUGUCUCCUGGCUCGUUAUAUCGCAUAACUAAGUAAAUUGUACCUUUAUAAGUAUAUGUGUGUAUGUUGCUUAGUUUACGCUUAUCAAUUUGAAAUUUAUUCCAGGCGAUUAGAACCAAUAUGAUUUACACUGUAAUAUGAUAUUCUAUAAGCGCAUAAGAUAAUAAUAAAAAUAAAGAAACAACAAUUCAAUACAAACGUACUUAAA